CAAACUUUUGCAUGGCCCAAAUUUGUCCUGGUUGGUGGCCGGAUUAAAACUUGUCCCAAUCGUCAUUUGUGAUAAAAUAAUGUUCGACGACGGUGGACAGGGUAGGACGACCGGUAGCCGUGAGUCGGGAGAUGAUGAGGAUUUUUUCCGGCCGUCCAGCAAAGGGCAAAGUGGCAAAUCGGGUUUAGCGGCAAUUUUUGGCCUCUCAUCCAAACCGACUGCCAGUAAGGGUGCCGGGACCGGCUCGGUUGCACCGAAACCGAUCAAAGUGUCCGACCGCUAUGGUCCAUCAAACUUUCGCUACAUUCCUUCACCGGCGACUGGCGGCCUGGCAGACGAAUCCCCCGGUGAAGCUAGCAAACCCCCGGAAUGGGCCAUUGAGCGGGCGACGGUCGUGGUCGCGUAUAAACUCGCGGCUGGCGAUAAUAUGUUCCUCGGCAAGGUUGGGCUGGCCCUGCUAAAGUCCUCGGCGGGCCACCGGUUGCUGCUGUAUCGCACGAAAACGGACGUCCUCGGUGCGGUAACGUUGAACCGCGACACGAAGCUGUUCCUCAAGCAGGACUACCUCCAGUUCCGUGCCGAUGAGUCGAGUGACUUUUGGAGCGUACUUUUCGAAAACGAACCCGACCGCCAAGCGAUGCUGGCGGUCAUCGAUGAGUGGUGUACGGUUGAGCGAGAACCGGUGAUCGAGGAACCGCUUUCCGAGGCAGAAAAGGAACCGGAAGCGAUGGCCACCAGUAGAGGCAACCUGGUGGCCCGGAUGGCACGCAUGGGGCAAGCGAUCCCUCUACCGCCCGGUAGGGGACCGGCGCCCCCACCCGGGCCACCCGAUGAGGGAUCAGAUUCGUCCGAUACGUCCGAUUCGAAGAUUGAAACUAUUCCAACGCGAGUGCCCCCUGCUCGGCGCACGACGAACAUGGUGCCAACGAUCGGAAUGCAAAUGGUCCCCCUGACCGGGCUGGUGAGCGGCACCAACUGUGGACCGAGCAAUCCGGCUACGGCCGAUAUGAACUUUAACCUAGUAAUGAGCGAGAAUCGUAUGCAAAACACGGAGAUGCGCAUGAACCUCACGAAGCUCGAAUCGAAGCUGGACCGAGUGCUCGAUCGGAUCGAUCUGCUGAGCGUGCAGGGCACCGAUCGGCGACCUUCGAGUGCCGCCGAUCGAGACGAGGAGUUGCUAGCGUUGGAAGAGAAACUGCUCGAGCUGAAACGAGAAAAUCACACCCUGAAAGGCAAACUACGGGCCGCGGAAGCCACCGAAUCGGAUGCCAAACGUAGAUCGGAUGCGAAACUCAUCGAGAAGCUACAAUCACUGGAAGAGUGCGACCACCGGCAGCGAGACACCAUCCACCGGAUGGAGCGUGAGAAUGAAACGAUUCGGGCCGAGAGUGCCAGGCUGAAAGAGGUACGGUUGGCACUGGAAAAAGAACUGGCCGAAGCGAAAGAAAACGGCACCGAAAAGACCAAAGAGCUGCAACGAACCCUGGCAGAGUUGCGCGCAGCAAACGAACGAGCGGAACAGCUACAGCAUCACCUCAAGGACGAACGGAACCGCUCGCUCGAAGCGGGAACUCGCAUCGAACAGCUACAAGAUGAUCUGCACACCGCUAAGGAGGCGUCCGAGAGACACCAGAAGACACUCCAACCGGCUGCGGCCGGUGCUUUAGUUAAGGACAUUAUGAACAACUGCUACCAGCAGCUCUGUGAUCAGAUCACCGACCCGCAGGUGUUGCGGUUGAUCGCCACCACGAUCAAACGCGAAACGAAGGCCGCCCUGGAGCGUGAGAAGAAGUAG